UCAGACCCCCACUCCUGUUCAAACUGCCCCUCCGCCUGUCAGCUUGCUCUGCCAACCCACCAGAGAUGCUGCUGCUUCCCGUCGUACUCCCACUGUCGUCCUGCACCGCCACCCCACCACUUCCAUUGUCUUCUUCCUGCACCCCCCGCUACAUAUUGGCUCACCGUCCCGCGCCAUCUUCUUGCAAUCUCAGUUACCGGCAAGUGAGAGCUCGAUCGGUCGUCCGGCUUAGGUUGUUCAGGUUUCUUGGAGCGAUGGUUCGUAUUACGGCCAUGGACCAGCUGGAGGCGGAGGAGGUGGUGGUCAGGGCGCCGGCGGCGUCCGGCGGGGUGAGGAGGGCCGGGGAGCCGGAGAGGCUGGCGCAGUGCCCCUGCCCGCGCUGCGAGUCCACCGACACCAAGUUCUGCUACUACAACAACUACAACCUCUCGCAGCCGCGCCACUUCUGCAGGGGCUGCCGCCGCUACUGGACGCGCGGGGGCGCGCUCCGCAACGUGCCCGUCGGCGGCGGCACGCGCAAGCCCAACGGCAGCCCCGCCGCCGUCCGCCGCAAGCGCCCCUCCCACUCCCACUCCCACUCCCACCACGCCGUCCCCGCCGCCGCCGCCUCUCAGGCCGCGCCGGUCGUCCCGCUCUCGGUCUCCGCGCCCGCGCCGCUCCCGCUGCCGCUGCUCCAGCCGCAGCCGCAGCCGCAGCCGCAGCAGUACGAGCUGACCUUCCUGCCGGCGUCCCUUUCGGCGGUGGACCCCGACCGCCGCCUGCUCGACCUCGGCGGCAGCUUCAGCUCCCUGCUCGCGCCGCCCGCGCCGCUGCUGCCCAACUUCGCCACCAGCUUCGUGUUCGGCGGCGCCGGCGCGGGGAUGGCAAUGGCCCACGCUCACGUCCCUGCUCUGCCGCAGCCGGCGCCGGUGGCAUCCCAGGCGCUGCCGGAGAGCUUCUGGGGCAUGGGGUGGCCGGACCUGUCCAUCUAGAGUCUCCAUCAACCUCCCCACCGGCCGGCGCGCGCAUCGCCAAGAUCAUGGAUGACGGCGGCCAAGCUCUAAUCGAUCUAGCAUUUUCUUUCGUUGACGGUAGCUUGUUAAUUAGUGUUACUUCUGCAUCCAUCCAUCCAUCCUCCAUGGUUAUCUUUUUGAGAGCUUUCGAAGCGAUCUUGAUCAAUCCGUCAGAGCUAGCGAUGAGUAUUUUGUUAGUUAGGUUCGUUCAGGAGAAAUGGUGCGGUUAUGAGAGUCGAUCUGAGGAUGGUGGUGAAGAUACUCAUGUUAAUCCGUGUGUUUUGUACUGUGUCCGCGACUGCAUGCAUGGUCUGCAGUCUGCUGAUGGUGCCAAGCGUAGAACUGAAACUGGAACUGAUGGAACGAUCGACGAUGGUAGCUUAUUGAUGUUGAAAAUGCAAGUCUUGUUUCCUUUGAUUUCA